GGAGAAAGGUGUGUCAACCACUGAGCCGACUGCCUAAUGGCAAACCAAGGUAGAUUCCAGCUGUCCUGGGAAGUCAGAUGACACUGGCAGGCCUUUUCCAGUGCUGCCUGAGUGGUUAUAGCAAUUUUAAAGUAACCUUUAAAACAUCAUAUCGAAAGGUCAUCUGAAGGGCUAUUUGUCCCACAUAUCCAUUGGCCAUUUCCCAUUCUGCAUAGGGCCACCUGCUUCCUGCUCCUUCGCGUGGCAAUUAACAAAGAUAAAUGAGACAAGGAGGAAAAUGCUUGGGGCUCUCUUUGCAGAAUCCCAAGCAGGAAUUUGCUCUGCCUUAAGUGGGAGACUUCAUCCUGAAAACCUGAUCACAGACGCUCAGAGAUGGUGGGAAAUGCUGCUGUCCCAAGGCCCCGUGUAUUCUGGACACCCCAGCUGUUGGAACCAAGAUAGGGUUCCAAUGGGGGUGCUGCUGCGGACUCCCUGAGCCACUGAGGUUGGGCAGGGCAGGCACAGUGCCCACAGGAAUGAGUCAUCGGCUGGGGCACAUGGGAGCUCACAUCCUCCUGUGCUCAGCUCUUUGGGGAAAACAGCUUGCUGCUGAUUUUCUGCACUGUUUCCUUCUUUAUUUUUAAACAUACUUGCAUACAUUCUUGUAGGCGAAGGCUUUGUGCUGUACUAGAAAUGGGAAAAUGUUUUCUAGGAGACUUCAGCCCAGAUAGGAGAACUUUUUGCAUCCGGCAGAUAGGAAAAGGUGGUUUACUUUUGAUUUGAUAUUGGGAUGCAUUCCUGUGCACUGGAAUCAUCUGCAGAAGUCAUUCCUUGCUCAACCCAGGGUAACAUUUGGAUUCUAACUCAGUGUCCAACAACCUGCUUUGUGGUCCAAAGAAAAACAAACUUAACUUUCUUUGCUCAGUUUACUCUGCUAUAAAUCCCAGAUAAUAUUCUCUGCCCCUCCAGCCCUGGGAGCCAAUUAUAGGGAUUCUUGGAAGGAAUACAGGAUACAAACAUAAAUAUAAAUAAAAUAAACAUACGUAUUCAUAAUCUCUCCUCAAAUUGAAAUUUAAUGCAAUAUCCCAUUAAUUCCAUUUUAAAGAUGAAGAAAGAGAGGUAGAGAAUAUCUAAGACAAGGAGCUAACGGCCCAGUGGGCAAUUUGCAGGGCAAGCAUUGGGCUGACUGGCAUGGAGCCUCUACUGUUCAGAUUUCUUUUAAGGGUAAGUAAAAUCCCCAUCCUUGAAACCCUGGCUUCCAGUGUUGUGUGCCUAUCAAGUCAAAAGGAUUUUCAGGGACAAUGGAGAUGAAAUUCUUUAAUCAGGUUUUUGAGAUCCAUUCUAUUAAUUAUGCACUCAUUAAGCACACAUUAAUUGAGGAAUUACUGUAGCGGAGCCCCUGUGCUAGGAGCUGGACAUAAAGCAGUGAAGAAGAUAAACGCAGAGCCAGCCCUCCCAUUGUUGAUAUUCGAGCAUUUCCUCUUUGCAGCUAGGGUUUUUACAGAACUGUCUGUAGAGGACAGACAGCGAGGAACGCCGUGGCUGGCCUAGGCAAGCCGAACAUCCUAGCUACUCUCUGCAGGAUGCAGGGAAAGGCACUGACUUGAGCAAAUCCUAUUAAGCCUCAUCAAGCCUGUUACUGCUCUUCUUCCACCCUCUCCUGUGUCUGCGAAUGGGAAGCUGUGCUGAGACAUGAAGAAAGCUUUUGGAAAAGACAGAGCUUCAAGUCCAGCAAAGUGGUUUAAUCCCUUUGAUAGGAAAACACAAGUGGAGAAAGACUCAAAAGAGGCAAAAUCAAAGGAAGUUGUAUUUCAGAUGAUGCAUUAGUGAAUCUGACAUCCAUUUAGAUGGACCUCUGGAUUAAGAACAUCAAGCAUCACGCACCCAUAGGGAGGAAAACUUGGUGUCAUGGCAUGGUCUAGAAUGUCAGGACUCGGGGCCACAGCAACCUGAUAAGAGCCUUGCUUGGGGGUCAGCAGGGCUUCCUGGAGAGAUCACUGGGCUGGGAGUGAUUUUUCAGACUCAGUCUCCCUAUCUGUGAUCACAAACAUCUUUAUCAAUUUCCUACUUUCUCUCUCAGAUAUGCUGGAUCAAAAUGUACAUUCCCUGAGCUUUGAAACACAGGGUGAGGUUGGAGGAAGAGGAAUGGAGGAGGGUGUGCUUAUGUCUCAUAUGGAGAUAUUUGUAUACUCUUCUAUGGGAAUAUAUAUGACUGUACUCAUAGGAAAAUGCUCCAAACUGGUUGGUGAAUAGGCUGCGCCACUCCCCUCAAGGCCCUUUAGGGUUAGCAGGAAGCAUUCAAGGUGUUACACUUGAAUGUAACACCAGAAUACAUGCUGGUGACAGGGAAGGCACUUGUAAGUAGGCAGAAUUCCAAGACACCCUGGUGAUUCCUGCCCCCUUGUAUACACCCCCUGAGGAACCCCAGGAAAUCCUCACUCCCAUGACUGGGGCAUGUCAUAUGGCAGAGCUGACUUGAAGAAAGAAAGUUCAUCGGGGGUGAGCUUGACCCAGUCAUAAGCCCUUUGAAAGGAUUGGGCUUUUCCUGAAGUAGGAGAUUCAAAUUAUUAGAGGAAUUAGACAGAGGGAGGUUCUCUUCUGCUGGUUUUAAAGAUGGAGGGGGCCACAGAGCAAGGAAUGUGGGUGACCUCUGGGAGCUGAGAGCAGCCCCCAGCUGAGAACUAGCGAAAAAAUGAGGACUUCAGUCCUACAACCACAAAGACCUGAAUUCUGCCAGAACCACAGGAGCCUGAAGGGGGCCCUGAGUUCCACAUGAGAAUGCAGGCCUCGCAGACACCCUGGUUUUAGCCUUGUGAGAACAGAGCAGAGAACACAGUCGCAUCGAGCCUGGACUUCUGACCUACAGAACUGUGAGCUAAUAAAUGGGUGCUGUUUCCAGCCAUUAUGCCUGUGGUCAUCUGUUAUGGCAGAAAUAGAAAAUUCAGUACAGAAAGGGAAGCCGGAUCAUAAACAGUGAGGAAGGCUGACUCUGGCAUCAGAUGACCUAGGUUCCUAUUUUGCCUGGAGCCGAGGCACAUUUGGAAAAGUUACUUCUCUAAGCCUCCGUUGCUGUAUUUGCAAAGUGGGGAUAACAGUACUCACCAAGAAGAGCUGCUGCGAAGAUGAAAUGAAAAGUGGGUGUGUGUACAGUGCCUGGCUUACGGGAGCCCUCCUGAGAGGUAGUUCCUACGAUUUUCCACCAGGGGGCAGGGCUGGGAAAAGGGGUGGGGGCUGAGGAGCCGGAGUGCUUCAAACCACUCAAGGAUAAGGAAGGAGAAUCCAGAAGUCCCGAAUUCCUACGGAGUGUCUGCAUCGUGCUCCCACUCCCAGGAGAGAGACGUUAUCUUCAGUUUACAAAAGCGGAAAACAGGAGAGAGUGUAAAAACCUCGCCCGGAGUCGCACAGCUAGUGCUGCAGGCUCUCGGCUUCCGCAUCAGCUGCCCUAGAUGAGCGCAUGCCUGGAGGCCCCGCUCGGCUGCAGCGCCGGUGGGACCGGGAACCCGCGCCCCUUUCCUCCUCCCGCCCCGCCCCCAGAAGCCAAGCCUGAAGAAUUUUCUAAGAACUUUCCCUUUCGUCCCUCCCACGACUAAGGUCCAGGUCUCAGGAGUUUCCCUUGCACCUUCAUCCCUGGCCCUGCAGAGGCCUGCUUCUCGCUUCCAGGGUCGCCAGAGCGCCCCUCCCGCCACCCGUCGAUCUCCUGGCCGGAUCCUGGGAGAGAAGGAGAGGAGGUCUGGGGUUUCCAGAGUCUGUGGUUUUGCUAAGGAGCUGCAGUGAUGUUGAUGCGGCUGGUCCUCAGUGCACACCUGAGUGGCACGACCUCUCUGCCCUGGACACACGCUGCCAUCAGCUGGGAGCUGGACAACGUGCUGAUGCCUCGUCCCAGAAUCUGGCCCCAGAUCAGGGUAUUGACAGAAAGUAUGUUCAAACGUCUUCGGAAAUGGGUCGUCACUCGCUUUUUUGGGCAUUCUGGGCAAAGAGCAAGGCUAGUCUCCAAAGAUGGAAGGUGCAACAUAGAAUUUGGCAAUGUGGAGGCACAGUCAAGGUUUAUAUUCUUUGUGGACAUCUGGACAACAGUACUUGACCUCAAAUGGAGAUACAAAAUGACCAUUUUCAUCACAGCCUUCUUGGGGAGUUGGUUUUUCUUUGGUCUCCUGUGGUACGCAGUAGCGUACAUUCACAAAGACCUCCCGGAGUUCCAUCCUUCUGCCAAUCACACUCCCUGUGUGGAGAACAUUAAUGGCUUGACCUCAGCUUUUCUCUUUUCUCUGGAGACUCAAGUGACCAUUGGAUAUGGAUUCAGGUGUGUGACAGAACAGUGUGCCACUGCCAUUUUUCUACUUAUCUUUCAGUCUAUACUUGGAGUUAUAGUCAAUUCUUUCAUGUGUGGGGCCAUCUUAGCCAAGAUCUCCAGGCCCAAAAAACGUGCCAAGACCAUUACGUUCAGCAAGAAUGCAGUGAUCAGCAAACGGGGAGGGAAGCUUUGUCUCCUAAUCCGAGUGGCUAAUCUCAGGAAGAGCCUUCUUAUUGGCAGUCACAUUUAUGGAAAGCUUCUGAAGACCACAGUUACUCCUGAAGGAGAGACCAUUAUUUUGGACCAGAUCAAUAUCAACUUUGUAGUUGAUGCUGGGAAUGAAAAUUUAUUCUUCAUUUCCCCAUUGACAAUUUACCAUGUCAUUGAUCACAACAGCCCCUUCUUCCACAUGGCAGCGGAGACCCUUAUCCAGCAGGACUUUGAAUUAGUGGUGUUUUUAGAUGGCACAGUGGAGUCCACCAGUGCUACCUGCCAAGUCCGGACAUCCUAUGUCCCAGAGGAGGUACUUUGGGGCUACCGUUUUGCUCCCAUAGUCUCCAAGACAAAAGAAGGGAAAUACCGAGUGGAUUUCCAUAACUUUAGCAAGACAGUGGAAGUGGAGACCCCUCAUUGUGCCAUGUGCCUUUAUAAUGAGAAAGAUGCUAGAGCCAGGAUGAAGAGAGGCUAUGACAACCCCAACUUCAUCUUGUCAGAAGUCAAUGAAACAGAUGACACCAAAAUGUAACAGUGGCUUUUCAAUAGGAGUAAAACAAAGUCUCUAAAGUUCCUAGUGGCUAGAAGCAUUAUGAAGCAGUCAACAAUUUAGGGGUACAAAAGUAGGAUGAGAGCUUUCAAAGUCUACCAGCAAAUGACCCCUGAGCCUCGCAAUUGUGAUCCCACAAGACAUGCGUCUCCACAAGGCUACUGUAUUAGAACGUGCAAUGCAUUUAUAUGAAACUGGCAUAUGGGAGCCAUAGGUGCUCACUUGGAAUCUUAAAUAUGAUUAUUUGAGCUCAUAUAAGGUUGAUGGGAGCAGACAAAAUUAUCAAAAGUUUCAUGGACAGGCCAAAUAUUUUUUAAAGUUUCCUUAAACAAGUUAUGAACUUCAGAAAGGAUCAGGGAACAAUAAUAAUCUCAUUUUGAUUCUACUGAUAAGAAAGACUCCACUUUUAUUUUAAUGUGGACUUUUACUCAAAGAAAAAUUGUCUCCUAAUUUGGGGAGAUGAACCAACCAAUCAACGACAAUAAGAAAAUGCUUACACAAGGAACAAUUUGAGGCUCUAAGCUUCUCAUGUGGUACAUUUAGACAGAGGCUAAAUCUACACACUAGAAUCUUGAUAAUACCUUCCUGUAAGAACACUUUAGUUAAAAGUGGUGAUGAUAUUUCUUUCAAUCUGUAUUGGAUGGCUUAAAUGGCUAUAAAACUGUUUAUAAAGAGCAUUUCCUGUUCUUCCAAGACAGCAAUGAGGAGUUGGAAGGUGCAAAGUCAGUAGAGAAGGGAACGUAUCAUUAAUGCACCUGAGAAGAAACAGUUUCAUGUGUUUCUCCACCUAGAGUUUGUACUGGAAUGCUAUUUCUAAAGAAGAAGUGGGAAAGAGAGAGGAAUGAGAUGGAGCCCCACAGUCAGAAUGUUACUAUGUCUUUCUUUCUCUGGGAGCCCAUCUUCCUAAAAGGGAUUAGCUUAUGGAAAGAUCGACCUUGAGGGGAAGGUUCUACUGUGAAAGUCUUUUUCAGAUCCCCAGCUGCAUCAUUUUGAAUGUGUCCUGGAAAAAAGCUGGUACUCAAAGCUGCUUAGGAAUCAAAAUGUUUUCAGUGUGUUGAUUAAUAUAGUAAAUUUCUGAAACUGUG